GAGCCCUGACCUCCUGAAGCCGCGACAUGUUGAAGGCACCGAGUCCCAGGACCCGGGAUUUCUUAAGUGCAUUUGUGAGGCUGCCACGUGGGUCGGGUAUGCUCUGCCUUUGGCCUGUAUUCCCCGACUGCAAGCUUGUUGGUCGCCUUUCGUUGGGGUGCGUGUUGGAGAAGCAAGUCACCCAGGCCCCAAGGGGUCCGAGGGUAAGAGUGGCUUUAAUCUUGAUGUGGGCAGCCUUUUGGGGCCUGACUUUGCAGCGACCAUUCGCUCUUUCAUCGAAGCGGCCGUUCAAAAAGCCAUCCAGGAGGCUCUGCAGGGACUUUCCCUUGGAGGCAAAGGCGGCCACGACCCUGAGCAGCCAGGCCCCAAACGCCGUAAGCGCCAUCACGGCAAAGGUGCUGCAGCUGCCGCGGGUGAGGACUCGGGUGGGCAUUCUGGAGCUCCUGCUGCCCCGACAGACCCAGGCUCCUCGAAUGCCAAAGGCAAGGCCAAAGGUGGUGACAAAGGAGUCGGUAACACUCCGACUUCGGGCACGGCUGGGAAAGGCCGGGGCAAGGAUGCUGGAAAGCCAAUUGAAUCGGGCCGCGGGCGAGGCAAGGGCGACAGCGCCCAUGGCAAAGGCCAGCCCACCGGCGCAAGCGCGCCUGAUGAUGAGUGGAAAACGGUCAGCCGUCAUAAGCCCCAGGCCCCGUGGCGUUUGAGGUCUUCUGACUGGACUGCUCCUGCAGUUAUUUUCGACGAGGUUGCCGGUCAACUUGAAGGUUCCACCGGUACCUAUAAAGCUGUUGUUCUGUGUGGGCCGGGACAAGCUGACUUGCUUGCUACACUGCUUUUAGGGUCCAAGCGGCCCCAUGGAGUCAUUGCCGUUACGCCCGACGAUCCCGAGGCCUCUGCGAGAUGUCCGGGCGAAGCCGGCAACCAGUGUGCUUUCAGACAGGUUCGCUAUCAUCACAUUAGCACGCCUGGAGUCGAUCUCCCGGGCCCCAAGGUCGCUGCGGCUAAGGCUCAGAAAGUCGUUGCAGCAAAAACUGUUGUUCUUUACGCCAGGAUCUACAAAAAGUUCGUUCCAAAGGCCACCUGGAAAGACGUUCUUGUCAGCCCCCAGAGGGCCUUCCAUUGCUGGAUUGCGCAACAACACCUCAAGGUUCAGGAUAGCUGGGGAUGGGCUAAGGAGCAGGCUCAGGGUGAAGACCACAAAGUCUACGGACUGUUCAGGGUGCCAGAGGCUGAGGUCACCGCUUUUGUAGCCAUGAGUGGGCGAGAUGGUUUCUUCAUUGACCCGCCGCGAUGGACACCCUUCCCUUCCUUUCUUGUGCAAUGGGCUGAGAAAGAGCCCAAAGAAACUGACCUUGAUUUUCUGCAGCGAGUUCGCACCAUUGAGGCCCCCUUGGGCAUCGUCGUUGGGCGGCGGGGCCUGGGUAAACGCAUCCCCAGGGAUGCCAGCCAGGCGAUUGCUCGAACAUGGAUGCUCGAACAUGCGCCUUUCGACUGGAGUGCGGCUCAGGCACUUGAGGCCGUCUCGACCAUCUUCACUGAGGUGACCAUGACCCGCCAGCAGCGCACACGUAAGGGCAUCAACUUUUUCUUCCGUGCUGAACACGCCACAGAUCAUGACGUUGUUGCCCUGCCCUUUGAAGACGGGACGAACACCGAGAUCCUUUGGUGCAGGUGGGCACCGGUUAGGGCCCGACCACAGGCCCAGACCAUCCGCACCAACGGCUCCUGGUCCUUGCUCCCGCCUAAGGACCCCUUCAGCGACACUACCAAAACCGCUCAAGUUGCACCGCAGCUGCAGGACGAUGAUGAGGAGGCCGGUGAUGCCGAGGUCUCGACCACGCCCGCUUCCGAAGCCGCCAAGGAGACUAAAGAGGUCACCGACAAGGAGACCAAGCGAGAGUUGAAUUACAACCGGCUCCCACCGAUGGCAAUUGCCUUUUCCAUGCUGCCUCUGCAGCUCUUUAAGGCCGCUCCGGAACCGCACAACGUUCUUCGCGCAAAGGUCGCGCAACACUUCAAGAAGCAUGCGGACCGUUACGAGCUGACCUGGGACAAGGAGCUCCCCAACAAAACUGUUGGGGAGUCGUUCCAAAAGUACAUUGAUGCAAUAUCCGUUGUUGACACUUGGGCAGGUCACCUUGAAUUAGCAGCCUUGGGGCGAAUUUUUGACGUGAAGUUCGUCAUUUACCCCACUUCCCCCGAGCUUGCUGUCUGCGCUGUUCAUGCUCAACAACGCAAAAGGGUAGUUGCUUUGGCCUUCAACGGGAGUCAUUACGAAUGGCUCCGGCCCACGGGGAAAUUGCCACAGGAGCUUUGUGACGUUGCCACAGCACCUCCCAAAGUGCCGAUGAGAGGGGGCGGCAAAGCUCUCUCCAACGUGCCUAGUGCCACUGGGUCUCGUCGGACUGCUUGGACCUCGAAUUCUGAAGUUGGGAGUGCCCGCUCUGUGUGGACGCCUGCAGAGACAAUUGUUAGUUCCUGCCAAGCGUCGGUUUGGACCGCCGGGUCCAACAAAGGCUCCGGCUUCAGCUCUGCGGUCUCUGUGCAGCCUGCAGCUUCUUCUGCCCCUGCCCUUGGUAGCGAAGAGCUUGAUGACCAUGUUUGCCCUGAAGCCACUAAGCUGCCCACUGACCGACAGAUCAAAUACUGGGGCAGAGCCGGGUGGCGGGUUGGCCGCAAUACAGAGGUCGUUUGCCCUCUGUGUCCUUUCCGUGCCGUUGCCAAAAAUGCUGGUGCUCGCAAGUCCAUCCUCUAUGGGCACUACAAGACCCAUCAUCCCGGCAAGGUUCCAUCCGGCGUUGUGCAUGGCGCCAGGCAGCCUACCUUGAUCAAGAGAAGUAAGGGAACCGCUUUGCAUUGGAAGUGCCCUCUUUGUACAUUCGGCAUUGCUGCUCGGGACGCCUUCGCUAAAGGCGCUGACGCUGUUACUGCUGACAAGCGAGCGCACUGCACGCAAGCACACCCCGAAACCUCUUGGAGUCGGUUCAAGGCAAUGGACAGGGCUCAGGUCAUCGACAAGGCUGCUGUCACACGUCGUGGCCGUGAGUGCUUGCGGCGCCUUAGCACCGCAAAAGGUACCGAGCUCGAGGGAUUCAGGCUCUUUUGUUGGCCCUACGCCACCCCUGCGAAGACAUUUGCAAUCACUGCCGGCAUCCGGUCCGGUUUUGGCUGGAUGUGUCUUUCAUGUUUCGGCCCUUACCGAUCUCCCAAGGAUGCCAUUGCUCACGUCCAGAAAGGCAAUUGCCAGCGUGAUCUAGCGCGCAGCAAGGCAAAACGUCGCAUCGCCGCCAUCGACAAGCUUGCCAAAGUCCAUAGUAAGCGAGCCCCGGCCGGGGCCAAGAAGCAGAGGGAGAGCAAUUUGCUCCAGCAGGCACGUGAAAUCUUUCAGUUGCCGCUUUCAUCCGAUUAG